AGUUUUGAGUGUGACGCGUUAGGCUUUGGAUCCCGUCUGCGGACAUGGUCGUCCCAUGUGCCCCAUGACUCCUCCGCGAUGAAGGAGGUUAUUUAAGUUUUUUGUUUUCUGCCAGUGAGUGUGCCAGUGCCUGUGCCAGUUUUAGCGCCUUUGGCUGCACCCCCAACACCCGAAGAGGAAGGGGAAGUGAGUGAUUUGUGUUUUUUCGUGUGUGAACGGGCUGUCGUCAUCGCCCGCCUCGCCGCUGCUGCAGCCGUCGCUCGGGGCUUUGAACUGUGGCUGUCGCGUUCAACGGCUUCUCCGUCCGGGCCGUCGGGAAGCGUGUAACUCCGAAACGAACCGUGUCCGUUCGUUCCAUUAUCGGUCGAGCGGCUCGCUGCCUGAUAACUGUUUCUUCCCCUGGUUACCCGGUGCCAAUCAGUCAAUUGUCGUCCCUUUCCUUUGCCCCUCUACCUCUAAUGAACAUUGAACUGCAAAUUGCGAAAACGUACGAAAAUAACAAACAAACGACGCCGUCGCUGUCGGUGACUGUUCUAGCGGGACUCCUCGUCGCGACACCGCGCGCCCGCCGGGUCCAUUCGUUGGGAUGGGGUGCAUUCACCUCGCGCCAAAAACUCUGCUCUGGCUGCGGAUGCGGCUGCGGCUGUUGCUGUUGCUCCCACGUCUUUCUAUCGAUGUCUCCUAUCUGGCAGAGAUCACUGUGCCGCAGCAGCCGCAGGCGAUGGACGAGAGAGAUUAUGGAGACGAUGUGCCGCUGUAACUCUUCGCUUCUUAGCAGACUGUGGAUUGCAGACUGUGCAUGACAUUGCUUCCGCAUUGGGCAGCUCCAUUGAUCACGUCUAGAACCGAUUACUCAUGCCAGAUGAACGCAAUAAGAAAGCAUCGACAUCGACAUCGACCCAUCUCCGGGCCGGAAGUAAUUGCAGUCUCUCCGUCUCUCGCUCUCAUCACAAAAUGAUAUUCUCAUGCAUUUCGGAGCGAGUGGUGCACGGCCCUGAUAUCGCAGCUCGGGGGCCCUCUUCCGGUCUGUGGGGCACGUGGGGAGAGCACCGCUAGCUAGAGCCCAGACCCGAGCCCCAGACCCCAGCCGCAGACCAUGCAGCCAGAGAGCAACGGGUCGGGGCUGUGUCUUUGUUUUUGCUCUAGCUUCUGCAAUGCGCUCGCUGUGUCUCGACCGGCAAACAUUUCUUGUACUUAAAUCACGGCGCGGCCCAUUGGCAUUUAAGUUAUGCAACAUUCUCGAAAGCGAGCGCACUCCAGAGACCAUUUAAGCGCGUCUGCCCCGCUCUAAGCCAACAUUGUCUGACGAGAGGUAAGCGCGGUAGCAGCACCAAAAGGACCAACAAAAUAGCAAGGAACGCCUGCAGGAAUAGGCAGCUUCCAGAGGCCCGAAACGUGUGCUCGUUCGUCAGAUGUACCCAGUCGUAGUGCGAUAAGUUUAGUUCGUGUUCGUGAUCCACAUCAAGAUUAGCCAAAAGCCUCAACCCUCGCCAAGUGGAAUUGGAAGUGAAGUGAAGUGAAGUGACCCGCCAUGACCCACUCUAUCUGGCUGCUGCUGCUUCUUGUGGCUCUGUUCACCCUGGUGAACAGUCGCUCGAUCCGUCAAGUGCCGAACGGCUACUCCGGCGGCCCGCCGCCCCAUUCGCUGCUGCCCAACGGGUACUAUGGACAGCCGUAUGCCUACCAGGCGCCCUACGGUUACGGCUACCAGGCCCCACCGCCAGUGUUCAGUCCACCGGGCAGCUACUACGAUAGUGUCUAUGGCGUCUACAAGCCCUUCCCCGGCGGCGGUAUACCAGUUCGAAUCGAUUAUAACAAUCGCUGCUCCAAGAACUAUUUGGGCAUUAAGCCGCAUCCCGACCAGCAGGAGUACUACUAUGUCUGCCAGCCCAACUGCGUGAUCUUCAGCAAGUGCCCGAAACUAGAGAGCUUCAACUCAAACAGUGGUCGCUGCGUGCAUCGGGUGCAGCCUCAGGCCCCGCCAUGUGUGAAGGAGGGAAGGUUCGCCCAUCCGAGCGACUGCAGGGUCUACUACAGGUGCGACAAGAACGAGUCGCUGCCGUGGCUCUUUGGCUGCCCUUCGGGCACCAUUUUCUCGCCACUGAAGAGGAAGUGCAUACCCGGCGACGAGUGCCCAUCGACGGAGAUCUCGAACAGCGGCAGCUAUAUACCCGUCAACUGUGAGAUCAAGUUCCCCGAGUGCACGGAGGAGGGCACCUUCCGGUCGCCCACGGACUGCGCCCUCUACUACACCUGCAAGCUGCAGGAGAGCGGCAACUAUCUGCAAACCCGCUUCAAGUGUCCCGGCAGCAACAGCUAUGACCCCACACGGAGACUCUGUCGGCCGCGCAGCGAGGUCAGGUGCCACGACUAUGUGCCGGUGCCGCAGGUUGCCUAUCCGCAGCUGCCACAUUUCUAUCCGUACCCAGCGCCGCCAACGCUUUACGAGGAGGACGACUACGACACGGCAUCAGGAACAAAGGAGCAGACCAAUGAGAAAUCCAUCCUGAGCUCCAAAGUGGUUGAAAAGCCGUCGGUUAAUGUUGUCAUUCUGCCCAAGAUAACCACAACAACGGCUGCCCCUCCAAGCUAUCCGUCUUAUGAGUAUUCACCGUAUCAAUACGGAUCCCAACCUGCUGCCGAGAGUCUCGUGGAGGAAGAGUCCGCCAACAUCAGAUCCAAUCCGUCGGUCAACAUUGUCGUCCUACCGACAACACCAAAGUACUACAGCAAGGGAACCACCAAAUACCAGUACAAAAGAUACACCUAUUCUACGGCCAAAAUUAAUGAGGUUACUGAGGCCCCGGAACAGAUGGAAACCCUGAAGGCGCUCAAGGGACAACUGUCCGCGAGGAUUGUAAUUUUGCCUACACCCACAACACCCGACACAACCUCAAAGAGUACAACCGUGAAGCGUGAGAGCUCCACCGAAGCACCGACUGUACCUACAACGCCUCCGCACUGCGUGCCGCCGGAAACUUCUUCGUCAACUGCGGAACCGGUCACUGCCACCACAACCAUAACAACGACUCAAACACCGUCAACAACGACCGCAGUUGACUCGACUACAACUCCGAAAUCAACUGUAAAGCCAACAUCAACAGUGACAACUCCGAAAACGACUACUGUUAAAACCACAACUCCGAAAACGACAACAGUUACAACCACAACUCCGAAAACGACAACAGUUGCAACCACAACUUCUAAGACAACAGUGACAACUCCGAAAACGACUACUGUUAAAACCACAACUCCGAAAACGACAACAGUUACAACCACAACUCUUAAGACAACAGUGACAACUCCGAAAACAACCACUAUUACAACCGGAACUCCUAAAACAACAGUGACAACUCCGAAAACGACAACUGUUACAGCCACAACUCCAAAAACAACAGUGACAACUCCUAAAACAACCACUGUUACAACCACAACUCCUAAAAUAACAGUGACAACUCCGAAAACGACAACCGUUACAGCCACAACUCCGAAAACAACAGGGACAACCCCAAAAUCCACAACGGUUACAACCACAACUCCUAAGACCACAGUUACAACUCCGAAAACGACAACUGUUACAGCCACAACUCCGAAAACAACAGUGACAACCCCAAAAUCCACAACGGUUACAACCACAACUCCUAAGACCACAGUUACAGCUCCGAAAACGACAACUUUUACCACCACAACUACUGUUACAACCGCAACUCCUGAGCCAACGACGACAUCUCCUAAAACUUCGACAAUUACAACCACAUCUCCGAAAACUACUGUGACAACACCCAAAUCUACAACUAUUACGAGCACCACUCAAAAACUAACAACCACAACUCCGAAAUCCACAACUGUUACAACCACAACUCCGGAAACAACAGUGACAACUCCGAAAUCGACAACUAUUACAAGCACCACUCAGCAACAAACAACGACAACUCCAAAAUCUUCGACAAUUACAUCCACCACCCAGAUUUUGUCUACUACAACGCCGAAAUCGACGACCCUCUCCACGUCCACAGAACAAACAACAUCGACAACUCCGAAAUCGACAACUAUUACCAGUACCACUGCAAAACCAACAACGACAACUGCGCAACCGACAACUAGCUCAACCACCGCACAGCAGACAACAACAACCCCGAAAACUUCGACCAUUAGCACCACAACUCCAAAGCCUACAACGACAACAGCAUCGUCAUCGUCAUCGUCAUCGACAAGUCCCCAAGCCUCAAGCAGCACCACACUUCAAGCAACUACAACAACUGCCAAGACCACGACUGAGGAUGUACCAAUCACGUCUACCGCAGCCAUAAGCACUCCUACGACCACUCCUGCCGGAGAGGAGACGACUGUAACGAUACCAGUCUGCCCUGAUCAUGGAACGACCGAAGAUACAAAAACACAAAACAUUGCAUGCACACAACAACAGCAACAACAGCAACAACAGCAAACUCAACUGCAAGAACUACAAGAACAAGAACAAGAAACACCAACAAGACAACCAGAACUCACGAAUACAAACACCAACUCCGAAUCAUCCAUAAAUAAGAAUCCGCUGGUGAGGGAGAAAGGUUUGCAGGAGCAUGUGGUGUCCCACAACUUUGUUUCCAGUGAACUAAACCUUGACUACAUGGAUGAUGCGCCGCAAGACGGCCAAGCGGAAGGGGAGGCGACAGUCGACAAGUUCACGACAGAGGAUCCCAGGACGAAAAAGUCUGCAAUGUCAACGUUGGCAGCGGCACAUCUACUGGAGAAGCUGUUCCAUGUGAUAUCCACCCCUGCGCCGACUACCAUACGCACACCGACUCCAGGUGUGACCCUCGCCCAGAUGGCCAGGCACAACCUGGCCACGUCCAAGCCAUUCAUGGCCGAGUCCCUGCGGUUAUCCAUCAAACAGCUGGCCUCAACGCAGAAGCGUUCGAUUCACGAACAUAACUCCCCUGUGAAUUCCACGAAGGAGGAGCCCGAAGACUCUGAAUAUUAUGACAGCGAUUCGUCCGAGAACUACGCCGAUGAAGCGAAUGAAGUUGUGGAGCAGCAGACUACCAAGGCCAUGGCUAGCACCACAGCAGCCGCUGUAUCCCCGCCGCUAGAGCAGGAACCGAUUGAAGCCACUUCUACCACCACCAGUCGGCCAUUGCCAGUUCCUUCUUCCACAACUACUGCCAAACCGAAUGCAACGAUGGCUGGUGAUUCGGAGUACGCGGAUAACUCUCUGGACUCUGACUAUGUCAAUGACGAGUCUCCGGCUUCGGCCUCAGAACUGGAAAACGAAGUUCUCGCAGAAUCCAAGAGCCUGGACACUGAAGCACAAAAGCUAAUGCUAUUGGGGCUUCUCAAAGAGAAGUUAACCCAUCCAGAGGAGAACAAUAUGUCGAUCCCAAGCACAGAAUCACCACAGAAAAGUUUCCUCAUGAGUUUGCUAAGAAACAAGCUAGGUCAAUCGGAAGAGUCGCAAAUAUCCACCACAACCACGGAAACACCGCAGAAAAGUUUCGUCAUGACUCUGCUGAAAGAGAGGCUAAGCCAUCGGCAUGAAACCAAGUCACAGAAGCAGGAUAAUAGUCUUCCGAAUAGCGUACUCAGUGCAGAAGAGAUUGAGAGAGAUUCCGUCUCCAUAUCCACAGCAGCACCUGAACUUUCCACAGCUGUCCCUCAGACAUCAAGCAGCACGAGUACGAGCUCGAGCACGAGCACUAGCACGCCAGUGCCUGAAGAGACAACGAUCGGAGCAUCGCAUUUGCAGGCAAGAAAUGGGAGAAGUCUCAGCUCUGAAUAUUAUGAUGAUGAGGACUACAAGGAGUACGAUUCGCCGAGCGAUGGAGAGAGCACGGGCCAAGUGAAUGCCACAGAGGGAUCCAUUGAAGGCAAGCAGGAAAUGAUCGAACAACGGCCAGGCACUGCGAAGCGGCACUCCAUCCUGCCAGUGCCGCUGGAGCCAAUCAGCGCGAGUUCUUUUGAAAAUGAACUGACACUGAACUGGAACGACAUGCAAGCCAUGGCUGAGGCUGAUGGCUUUCUGCGGGGGGCAAAUCAUUUUGACAUUUCCACAGCUAGUUCCAUUAAGCAAAUACGUCCGCCACAGGGACCGAGUGCCCUGACAACAGAGGGUCCAAGCACAACACACAAAACAACAGAAACACCAGCAUUAGCCGCAUCAACCACACCGAUUAUAAUUGCAACACCAACAACACCAGAAGCAGCCACAAGUGCAGCAACUGCGACAUUAGCACCAGCCACAAGCAGACGACCGACAACAGCAGAAUCAAUCACAGCAGCAAGACACAAAGAAGUCCUCAGAGUCAACAGCAAGCCUUGGCUGCUGGAGGCACAGAAUCAAACUGUACAUCUAACGCCAAUUUCCAUUGCCACUGCACCAAGUGGCAGCCCAGUGAGCCCUGAUGUUAAUCGUUCGUUUCACUCAUUAGUGUCCAACCCCGACGACUAUGCCACCGAGAAGGUGCCCGAGCUCAUCCUGAAGGUGUUUGAGCCCAUCGACUUGAAGAUUGUGUUCUGCCCAAAGUCCUGCGAUGAGGACCAUGACCACACAUUUGACCCAGCUGAUAAUUAUAAGAAGUCCAAUUGCUCUGGAAGCUGCGACGAUGACCUGCCGCCGGCCCACCACAGCGUUGAUCUGAAGUGGAAGCCGCUGACGCUAAAGGACACCGCCAGCUUUCAAACCAUCACGUAGAUAGGCCUAAGCCUCCACAACAUUCGAGCUUGUACUUACUGCAAUUCACUUCACGUAUUUUGUUUACUUUAAUUACACUUAAUAAA